CAAUCCAAAGUUGCAAGGAAAUGGCUGGCUAACUACUAGAAAGAUACUGCGCUAGCCCCAGCUAAUAUACACUGGUACAGUGAUACCUGAUUUAGACUUUGAACACCUUUUCAAUGUUUGAUUUUUCUGUGAUAUCCUAUAUGUUGAAGUAUGCAGGUUGCAACAUUAGUUCACACGUUAAAUAAUACCUCUGUAGUUGUUAAAGCCUCAAUCGCUGCUCUUAUAUUUUUUUAUCUAAUUGGUUUGAUACCUGGCGCGUACUCAGUACUAUCAAUUACACCAUCAUUACUGCUUCCACCAAAUUUUCGUAUUUGGACAUUGGUUACUGGUUUAGUUGUUGAGAGAAGUAUAGUUAAUCUCAUAAUAAAUGUUCCUGUGUUGAUAUAUUGUGGAUUUCAUUUGGAACCUCUUUGGGGAGCACUAGAGCUAUUGAAAUUUAUAACGAUUACUGGUAUUGGUGCUUCAUUGACCACAUCGUUGGUGUCACUGUUUGUGUAUGCAGUCACACAUAAUUCUUCGUUAUGGUUUGUACAGUUCUCUGGCAUAGCUGGUGUGAUUGGUGGAAUCUCAGUUGCAUUCAAGCAGAUAAUACCAGAUCAAAAAAUUGAUUUAAAAUUCCAAGUUCUGCGUGUACAUGAUGUACCUCUGUUGUGCACGUUAAUAUAUAUCUUUCUGUCAGUGAUUCGGCUGUUGUCUUACACCCAACCAACCAUGAUUCUGUGUGGCAUAGGCGUGGGAUGGAUUUAUCUGAGGUACUAUCAACCGCAUGGCAAAGGUAUUCGUGGUGAUAUGGCUGAAUCUUUUGAGGCUGCAAGUCUGUUUCCACCCAUACUGAGGCCUCCAGUUCGUGUCUUGUCUACAGCGUUAUUUAAAGUACUGGUGAGUUUUGGCGUAUGUAAAAAUCCUGUCCGGACAUAUGAUGUCGGUGCUCCAUCAUCUAUCACUAUUAGCUUACCUGGAACAGAUCCUGCUGAUGCCGAACGAAGAAGAAAAAAAGCUUUGCGUGCUUUGAACGAGCGUUUGGCGCAACAAAAAUCUCAACCUAACGACGAAGAAGAAAAUUGGCCAACCAUUGAAGACGAGUUACAAAAGAGUGCGAAGAAAAACGAAGAAAAAAAAGACCAGAGUAUAACAAGUAAUGAUUCUGAAAGUACUGUAGAGAAUGAAAUCAAUUAAUAUUUAUUAUUGUUUACAUAUUUAACAAAUGACCAACUAGAAGUAACAGCAGCCGGCAAAUACCACAUCAACGGUGUAGAGUUGUGGAUAAUAUGGCAUGGUUACUGCUUCACAAAGUAUACGCUCCCGCCGUGUUUCAUACACCUCUGUAAAUCAACUGUCAUCUGCAUGAUUGGUAUACAAACUGAUGGCUGAGCAUGAUUGGCUGAGCAUUUUUGCAUUGGUAAUUUCUUUUUUUCUUAUCUUAACCUUGUCUAAACUUUAAGUGUUUGUGGUGUCAUUAUUUCGUUUCUUGAAAUAUUCCAGUACUUUUUUAAAGAAUUAUUUUCGCAAAUUUUCUUAAUUUUUUUGUAAUACUUGCUAUUCGCGAAUUUUUUGUUUUCUUUUUCUGAAACGCCAUUCACACAAAUUUUUUCUUCUGUCGUUUCAAGCACUUAUAGAUUAUAAAUUUCAACUUUAGUAGCCUUUAUAUAUCUCCAUCGAAAAAGGUCUUUAAGGGCUGUAUAAUAUCUGGGGAAAAUUUUGCACAUAUUAACUCGAGUUUCUACGUAUUUCCUCUGUAAGCUGUUGUAAUGCAUUAUCUAUGUAUCUAAGAGUAUAACGUCAAGAUGUAAACAGACGAGACAAUAUUACUUGAAUCUUAUACAACGAAUAUUGUCAGAAGUUGAAAAUCUUAAAUAAUCUCUUUGUGCACAAGAAUAUAUUACAGCAUCGAUGUAUUUAUACGAAUAUAUGACAGCGUUUUUGUCAAUCUGUAUUUUGUUAUGUUCAAUAAUAUUGUACAUUGGAGUUAGUUUGCAUUGAUUAUAUUUAAUGUUAGCUUGGCCCAUCUUUAAGCCUUUAUAGAUGGGCUAUGUUUUAAGCGAAAUUAAAUAUCCGUGUGAUUCGCCUUAACAUCAUGGUCCGCAAAAACAAAAUAAAAAGAUGAAAGAUUAAGAUUAAGUGUUUCCUGUGCAUUUCUGUUUUUGUCGCGAAAAUCUUACGUGCUGUACAAGUGUCAGGGUUUAUAUAUGUUGAUUCGAUAAAAUUCCAGUCUGCCUUUGGAAGUUUUUGACUUGAUAUAAUUGAAAAUUGAUCUUGGCAAGCAUUUCCUUUUACAGGACAAGCUCCCUGGUCGUAAUAAAAAACUUUUCUGUAUACACGCUUUUCUUUAAGCAACACAAAAUUUUGUUUAGGACUCAAUGUUGGUUCAGUUUUCGUAUUAUACAGACUCACCUGUUGUCUACUUGUUGUUUGUUGACUAUCUUUUGGAGGGACCAAAUUUACGUGUUUGCUAGCCGCUUUAGACUUUUUCGUCAGCCGAAAUCAAAUUUUUGUUGUAUGGAACUUGUAUAAUAGAAAAGAAAAACUCAAAACUA